CUAAACAAUACAGACGUCGCCUCUUCUCUCUCCGGUUACCGCCGUCGACGGCAGUAACAUGCCCACAGCAAACCGACGUUUCGUAGCUGUUGAUGAAGAAUAUAAUUUUAAUCCCUCAACUUCAAAUCCUUCAGAAACAAUUCAUACACCGCCCAAUAUGUUUCAAGAUGUUCUCCUUACAUUCAUAUUACCACGGUCACCACGUGCUUGAUGAAAUGCCACAACGACCAAAUGUCCCUGUUUACCGGUUCAUGCUCAAUCUCAUGAACCAAAACCGCAGGUGCGAAGCACUUUAUGUUUUCAAGAAUCAUCUACGGACGGAUAUUUCGGGAGUUAAUGAAGUUGUGCUAGCGCUUGCUUCAAAGGCUUGUGUUGGGCACCCAAGAAUUGGACGUCAGACCCAUGGUUUUGCUGUGGUUUCUGGUUUUAUUGCCAGUGUUUCUGUCUGUAAUUCUUUGAUGAACAUGUACUGCAAGUCGUCGAAUUUAAGGACGGCUUUGUGUAUUUUUGUGAAUUUGAAGAACCCUGAUAGUGUUUCUUACAAUACAGUGCUAUCAGGGUUUGAAGACAAUAAAAGCGCACUCCUUUUUGCUCGCGGGAUGCAUUCGUCUGGGAUUGCUUUUGAUUCGAGAACUUUUACUAGUGCUCUUGCCCAUUGUGCAGCAGAUGGCGAGGAAUUUGAUGUCGGGUUUCAGUUUCAUUGUCUUGUCUCUAAGUUAGGUUUGGAUGUAGAGAAUUUUACUGGGAAUGCGUUAAUUACAUUGUAUUCGAAAUGUGGAAAAGUUGAGGAUGCUAAAAGAGUGUUCAAUGAGAUGCCCCACAAAGAUUUGGUUUCAUGGAACGCUAUUCUCUCCGGCUAUGCUCAGGAGGGCAGUAAUGGAUUGAGAUGCAUUAAGGGAUUUGUUGAAAUGGUGAUGGAAGGGUUUAAGCUUGAUCAUGUCUCAUUUACUAGUGUGGUUGCAGCUUGUGGUCACGAGAGGACCCUCGAGUUUGGUAAGCAGGUGCAUGCUUUGUCAAUGAAAAGAGGAUAUGGGGAUCAUGUCAAGGUUUGUAAUGUUCUCAUGUCUAUGUAUUCGAAAUGCGAAGCUGUUGGAGAUGCAGUAGCUGUCUUUGAGAAUAUUGUUGACCGUAAUGUAGUGUCUUGGACAACAAUGAUCUCUAUUGAUGAUCAGUAUGCUAUGAAUUUGUUUAAGGAGAUGAUACAAGAUGAAGUAUGGCCGAAUGAUGUUACAUUCAUUGGAUUGAUUCAUGCAAUAACAAAACACAAUAUGAUGCGAGAAGGCCUAAUGGUGCAUGCCUUCUGUAUGAAGUCGAACUUCCUUUCAGAAACUAGUGUGGCAAAUAGUUUCAUUACCAUGUAUGGCAAGUUUCAGAUGAUUGAAGACUGUAUUAAGGUGUUUGAGCUGAUUGAUGACAGAGAAAUCAUAUCGUGGAAUGCUCUUAUUUCUGCUUAUUCUCUGAAUGGCAUGUAUCAGAAAGCUUUGCAAGUAUUCUCAUCAGCUUCCAAAGAAUUAACACCCAACCCUUAUACAUUUGGUGCUGUCUUACAUGCAAUAGCUUCAUCUGAAUCGAUUUCUCUUAGGCAAGGCCAACGAUGCCAUGGAUUCUUGAAGAAACUCGCAUUGGAUAGUGAUCCAAUUGUCUCUGGUGCACUUCUUGACAUGUAUGCAAAACGGGGGAGCAUUUUUGAAUCCGAGAAGAUAUUUUCUGAGUUGACAGAGAAAAACCAAGUUGCUUGGACAGCCAUAAUCUCUGCAUACUCAAGGCAUGGGGACUAUGAAAAAGUGAUGAAGUAUUUUAAGGAAAUGGAGAUGGAAGGCGUAAAGCCUGACUCCAUUACAUUUCUUUCCAUUUUGACAGCAUGUAGUCGCAAUGGGAUGGUUGAUGUAGGACGUGAAGUUUUCGAUUCUAUGAUUAGUGAUCAUUCUGUGGAACCAUUAGCCGAGCAUUAUUCUUGUAUUGUGGAUAUGUUGGGUCGGGCAGGGAAGCUGAAGGAAGCUGAAGAUCUUCUGAGCCAGAUCCCUGGAGGACCUGGAGUAUCUGUCCUACAAAGCCUACUUGGGGCUUGUAGAAUUUAUGGAGAUGUAGAGAUGGCAACUAGAGUUGCUGAUACUUUGAUUGAAAUGGAGCCUGAUGAAUCGGGUUCUUACGUUCUGAUGUCUAACUUGUUUGCUGAGAAGGGGAAGUGGGAAAAGGUUGCAAAAAUUAGGACAAUGAUGAGACGGAGAAAAGUGAUCAAAGAAGUAGGAUAUAGUUGGGCAGAUGUCGGAAAAAUUGAGAGCUCACUAGGUUUGCAUGGAUUUUCAUCUGGAGACAAGUCACAUCGUCGGUCGAAAGAAAUCUAUGAAAUGGCUGACUUGUUAGGAUCAGAUAUGAAACGAAGAGCAAGAUGCUAUGAGAUUUGCAUAUAAUAGAUGUGUACUGGUUAUUCAUACUAAGAAUGCUAGAGGGAUGGUUGACUUUUGCAGCAUAAAAUCAAUCGUUGAUCCUCCCGGAUGUUCAUUAUUAGCAGAUGACUCAAGGAAUAUGAAAUGUUGAUCCUCCCUGAUGUUCAUUAUUAUUCAUCACACAUCAGAAAGCAUUUUUCUGAUGAAGUGCGAGCAUGGUUUUAAGCAAGACAGUCGCUUACUCGUCUGGUUUCCUGCAAUAACUUAUUGAUUGAAUGUGACGGAUUUUGGUGACAGCGGAGGUGUUCAUAUUUAUGCAGGGACUUGCUACAAGUACAUGCAAACAUAUUUUUCACAAGUUAUGCUAACAUAUCAGUAUCAGCUUUUUGUGGUGUAAAGAGUAACUAUGCACUAUGUUGUUCCGAUUCACUGAUCAUGAAUAUAGAGUUGGGAGUUUGAUA